AUGGACAACGGAAAUCACUGCGGCGCGCCGGUUCCGUACAUCCGCAGCCGCAUUGCAAACGCCUGCGAUGGGUGCAAGGCGCGCAAGGUGAAAUGCGACGGCAAGUCGCCGUGCGGCUACUGUGCAGGCCAUCAACGACCGCAAUCGUGUCACUACUCGCCGCAGAGACCGAGGAGGCCUACACGACAAAAGCUCGGCGUACCUGCAGGGAGCCGCGGCGCGGCGAAAGCGAUUGCGAGGCCGUCGCUCGAUCCUCCCGGCAGCCAUGACGCGCGGAAUAGUUCAGCAACGCCGACAGGUGCUUGCGGCACAUCCAGCCCGGGGGUCGUCGACGUCGACGUCGACGGGGACCCCACCACCACCACCACCACUCCUGCUGGUGCUGCGGCGGCGGAAGACGACACGGAUGUGCCUCGUGAGGCGCGGCUGCUGUUCGACGCCCAGGGCAAGCUCAUCUUCAUUGGCGACUGUGCGCCGCUGUCGUUUUUCCAGUCGGUUCGGCGGCUGGUGACCAGUCGUGUGGGACAGCAGGCCUUUGCUCCCGAGAGCAGUCGGUACUCGGUGCUGGAGAAUGUACCUGCCGGGUAUUCCAGCCGGGCGCAGGGGUCCAGGGCGUGGGGUAGCAUGCCGAACUUGAGAGCCGUCAACCUGGACGACGCCGUGGCUGACUACAUCUUGGCUACGACGGGGCUGGUCGACUUGUUUGACAACUCCAUGCUGCUGGACGACGUGCGCCUGUGGGCCCAUCGCAGUCACAAACCAGACGACCUGACUCUGAUCGUCAACUACCUUGUUCUCGCCAUCGGAAGCCUCCGACACAACGAGGCCGCCUCGCGGGAGUACUUUGAGUAUGCCCAGAGCAAGGCCUACGCUACUCUGAGCGGCAGCCUGAGCGUCGGGACUGUCCAAGCCUUCAUUCUCGUCUCGCUUUACAUGCUGUGCUCCUGCCAGAUCACCGGCGCCUUCCUGUGUUUUGGCAUAGCCGCCCGCGCGGCUUACUCCAUCGGCAUCCACCGGACAGAAGUGAAUGCCCGGUUCGGGCCGCAGCUCCACCGUCAGCGAGAUCGUCUGUGGAAGAGCGUGCGCACAGUGGACCUCUUCCUGAGCGUCUCCAUGGGCCGUCCGCCCUCCGCUUCCGACGUGGACUGCACCGUGCCCUACAGAAACGUGGAUACCGACGGGAACGAGGUCCUGGAUCUUCUCAACGCCUCGGUCCAGAUCCUCCUCAUAACCGAGACAAUCGUUCUGGAGAUUUUCUCCCGGAGGAAAAUCUCGCUGCAGCUCACCGAGGGCAUAUCGCGCCAGCUGCGGGACUGGUCCGCUCGAUGGCUGCAGCAGUUGAAGGACGUAAUCGCCCUCACCGAGUCCAGGACCAGCGCCGAGGUCAGCGGGGCUUGCCAAGUCCUGUCGUCGUAUUACUACGCUGUCAUGCUGGUUUCCAGGCCUUUUCUCAUGUACGAGCUGGUGACCAGGUUGUCGGACACUUCGGCGUCUCCUGCGAGGCCAUCCUUGACUUCCGGCAAGUCGAAGCUUGCCGAUGCAUGCAUUGACGCUGCCAGCAUGAUGGUUGAUGCCGUCUUGGACCUGAUUGAACGAGGUCUCUUGAAUGGUCGGGCCCCGUUGCUAGUAUGCUGGCUCUUUGCGUCUUCAUUGGUAUUAGGCGUCGGUCUCCUGGGCGGCUUUGGACGCAUCCUCGAAAAGUACUGCCGCAUGUCGAUUCAAGCCCUGGACCACUUCGCCAAGACGGACGGCCAUGCCACGCAAUACUCGCUCAUUGCGCAGUCUCUUCUCGCGACGGGCUUGGAAUACCUCGAGCGCUGCGAGCUCCAGGAGAGGCUGCGGCGGACCGAAAACUCGAGCCAGCUCUUUGGCCUGAUACCCCCCGGACCUAGAACAGCGCCGGGGGGGACCACGCCGGGCAGGGCGGUAUCCCAGCAGAGAGGUCCGAGUCCCGCACCGGCUUCACCCCGAGGCCGCGAGUCGUUGGGUCGACCGCUCUUGCAGCACCAGGGAUUGCAGAGCGUGCCAACUUCGCCUCCACGACCGGGGGACAUUGACUCGGCGUUUCUGGGAUUGACCGAGUCGCUGAUGCAGACGCCUCAUGACUACUGGAACGGCAGCCUUGGAAAUGACGGAGACGCGGGCGCGGCGCUGAACCUGUUUCCGUUGCUGGAGACGGGUGGAGGCAUUGACCUGGCUCACUACUUUUGA